CCCACAAUUUAUUUUCUGGUCUUAUACAAGUGCGUAGAAAAACAAUUUUUUUUUUAUGGGUCUAAUGCAUAGAGAUUGUGUUCUCCAUUUCUGCUAUGUCGUGUCUUAUAGUGAAUUCUGUUCCAUAACUGAGUUUGCUCUGAUUUUUAAUGGAGAGAGAGAUAUGAUGAUACGAGUAGAGAGAUAGAGGUUGCUGUGAACUUGUGAAUGUUCUGUCAUCAAAUUUUGUUUACCAGUUUUGAAAACGAAUGAUAGAGCUUGGACCCAAAUCCAAAUAAUGCUUCCCAUUCAUUUUCACUUCCUCAAACCGGUACAUCUCUCUUAUUCUCUGAGGACCCAUUUUGUCAAACUGCCUUCUUUUCUUCCUCUCGCUAGAAAAUUUACAGAAACCAGUCGUAGUGAACACACCCCAUGUAAUAGAAGAGAGCUUCAUGAGCUCAUGUCCAUGAUCAAUCAUAGAAGGCCUGAUAACACUUUCUCCGAGAACACUGACUUAUUCGAUAUUCUUAUGGAAGUAUGUGCAUCCAUGAAUGCAAUUCAAGAAGCAAAACAAACCCAUGUACAUGCCAUAAUCACUGGAUUCGACCAAUAUGCGUUCCUUCAGGCUAAGGUCAUUGCCAUGUACGAUAGGCUUGGUCUCCUCAUAGACUCUAGAAUGGCUUUCAACUCUAUACGGAACCCCAAAAUUCUAUCUUGGAAUGCCAUUAUCAGAGCAUAUGUUUGCCAUGGAAAUUUCAAUGAAGCCAUGAGAAUGUAUCACCUAAUGGCUGCAAAUGGAGUUUGUGGAGAUGGGUUCACCUUUCCUCUGAUUAUAAGAUCUUGCUCUGCAACUGGGUCAGUGGAGGAGUGCAGGAAGGUCCAUGACGAUUUGGUGCAAGUGGGUUUGGAGCUUCGACUCCAUGUGGCUAAUGGAUUGAUUGGAAUGUAUAGUAGACUUGGAAGAAUGGACAUUGCAGCCAGUAUAUUUGAGAGGAUGCCUCUGAGAGAUGUCAUCUCGUGGAAUAUAUUGAUGUCUGGUUAUGUUUCUAAUUUGGAUUGUGGCAGGGCUCUUGCUCUUUUUGAAAGGAUGGUUUCAGGGAAAUUGAAGCCAAACUCCAUUACAUGGACGUCUUUGAUAUCAGCCCAUUCUCGAUGUGCUCAUUAUGAUCAAGCUCUAUGCUUGUUUGUCAAGAUGAGGACUUUAGGAGCAUUGCUGAAUGGGGAAAUAGUUGCAGUGGUUCUGUCUGUUUGCUCAAGAUUAUCUGCAUUGAACAAGGGUAAGGAGAUCCAUGGCUAUGUUAUCAGGGGUGGAUUUGAACACCUUAUGUGUGUAAAUAACUCCCUUGUUGAUAUGUAUGGAACAUGUGGAGUCAUGGAUGAUGCCAAGGCAAUAUUCCAAGAGAUGGGUGAAAAGGACUUGGUGACAUGGAAUGCUAUGAUUUCUUGUUAUGCUUUGGUGGGUUAUUGUCACAAGGCUUUUGAGCUUUUCUCUCAGUUGGAAAUCGAAAAAAAGAAGGAAUUGAGACCCAAUGUGGUCACUUGGAGUUCAGUUAUUAAUGGGUUUGCCUCGAAAGGGAAUGGAGAGAAGGCCUUGGAGCUUUUUCGCCAAAUGCAAAUGGCUGGCAUUGAGCCCAAUUCAGUAACUAUGGCAACAAUGCUAUCAGUUCUGGCGGACUUGGCUGCCUUGGAUCAUGGCAAGGAGAUCCAUGGUCAUCUAGUUAAGGGCCUUCACUGCUCAAACCCACUUUUGGGUAAUGGUCUAAUUCACUUGUACACCAAGUGUGGGAGCCUAGAAUAUGGGUGCAUGGUAUUUAAUAGGAUGACUAACAAAGACAUUGUUUCAUGGAACUCAAUGAUAGCUGGGUAUGGGAUGCAUGGAUACGGUAUAGAAGCUCUAUGCCUCUUCGACCGGAUGUUUCAAGCUGGUCUAAGUCCAGACCAUCUCACAUUUGUUGCAGUCUUAUCUGCUUGUAGCCGUUCUGGCUUGGUUAAGGAGGGUCAUGAAUUGUUCGAUAGGAUGACUAAUGAAUUUAAGCUAAAACCAUGGCUGGAGCAUUAUGCUUGCAUGGUUGAUCUCCUUGGGCGUGCUGGUUUUUUAGUUGAGGCUAGAGAUUUUGUGAAAAACAUGCCAUUGGAACCCAAUCCUUGUAUAUGGGGGGCAUUGCUUCACUCUUGUCGAAUUCAUAAGAAUGUUACAAUGGCUGAAGAGAUUGCUCAACACCUCUUUGAGCUUGAACCAGAUACUACUGGGAGCUACAUGUUGCUUUCAAAUAUAUAUGCUUCUUGUGGGAGGUGGGAGGAAUCUGCCAAGGUGAGGAUAUUGUCUAAGACAAAAGGCUUGAAGAAAGAAGCUGGACAAAGUUGGAUUGAGGUGAAGAAGAAGGUGUACAUGUUCAAAGCAGGGUUCGAUUCUCAACCUGGAUUGGAUGAAGUCUAUGCAAUUCUUGAGGAUUUAACUCAAAAAAUGGGAGCUGUAGGUUAUGUACCUGAUAAUACACCUGUUGUGGACAAGGAAGAGAAAGAAAUCAAUUCUCUAUGGCCAUAAGGAGGGCCUAUCAAUAGUAAUUUCUUUGUUAGAUUGUAUUCAAUAUACCACUCUAGUUAGGAAGAACCUUUGUAUUCAAGAUAUUGGUGUAUUUGGCGUAAGUUUCUCUCAAAGGUCGGAAGACAUGACGUUAUAGAGAGAGAAGGCAUUCUUUCUAUCAUUUUUCAAAAUUUGGACUCUCUACCUCAUUGCUGAUGUUCUCGACUUAUGUGAGAAGGUGCAAUGCCAAUGCAGAUUAUAAGAUACACAUAACUGCCAUUUAAUUUGGCAGAAUUACCCUUCAAGAAACGUAAUUUACAGCAUACUCGAACAGUUGGGAGCAUAGUCAUGGAUUCUUUUACCAAAGAGCAGCGGUCCUGCUCAGUUCCCCUUUCUAACUUAAGUAAAAGUUCCAGAUGUCAUUCUUUCUUGGCAGUUUUGGUUACUUAGUGAAGUCUUCUGGAAAUGUUGGGCAUAUUGGACUAAUGGAUACUGGGGUGCCAACCCCAAUUAAUUGUGAGAAGGCUAUGAUGAUGAUGAUUGGACUAAUGAAUACUGAGGCUAGGCGACUUAUUGACAUUUUGAGGAUGAUGGCUGUUGGCUUUUCAGAUCAUUUGAUAAAAGAAGAGGACUUCCUAAAUGCUAUCUGAUGAGCUAGUGACUCUUCCUUAUGGUGGUUCUGAAAGAGUAUCUUAGAGGAGACAAGAUUUAGCAAGAAUAUUUCAUUUCUCUCAGACAUUAACUAGGUUGAGCUAGUUCAUAUGCAGUCUUCAGAUAUUUAGUUUAUUAUUUUGAGUCUUCAGACUUUCUUUGGCUUUAUAUGGCUCUUUGGUUGUCAUUAGUUUCUGACUGCAAGUCUAUUUCUAUUCCUUUUUGGCUUUUUUCGUUUCCCUUUUAUCAAGUCUUUGUUCAUAAUAACUUGUAUGAAUACCCUUGUUCUUCAAUUCUGCUGUCACAUUUGUUUUGUAUCUUCAAUAUCUCCCUAGACCCAUGUUAAUGCUGUUGAACAUAAAU